GCGUGUUAGUUUAGCGUGCUUGAAGUUGGAAGCAGCAAAUAAAAGAGAACGAGCAAGAGCGUAAACUCUCAAUUGGUUUGAGGUUUUGGUUUCGCUGACGAACUCAUUGAUUUCGUUUACAGGAAACAGUAAUGGAUUCUUGGGCUACAGUAUCUGUUCUUACUAAUCGAUUUAUUCCAUGUUCUGCCACAAUUACUGAAUUUUCCAUGGACCCCAAAUUGAGGGGCAGUUUCUAUAAGAUAUACAGAUAUACAAACAAAGGAAAAUUCAGUCUCUCUUUUGCUAGGGAUGAUUAUAAAGUUAGGAGUAAUUGUGCAAUUAAAUCAAUCCAAGAUGUAUCUUAUUUUCAAACCCAACCACCACAAGGAACUUGGGAAGAGCCAGAUACUGGGAGUGACAGUGAGUGUGAUGAUGAAGAAGAUGAGGAAUUUGAGGAUAUGAACCGAGGAUUUGAAAGUGAUCCAGAUGAGGAAGGGACACAAACUUCAGCUAUUACUGAUGUUAAUAUAACUUCAGUGGACAACUAUGAAGAACUUAUUAAGAAAGAGGUUGAGCAACUUUUGGAACCAGAAGAAAGAGCAAUACUGCAACAGAAUGUUACUCCUAACUUGGAAAAAAUAUCAACUGCAAAAUGGAGCCCACUGCACACUCUUGUGCUGUCAAUGCAGAUAAGUUGUGUGGAUAAGCUUCUUGAAAAUGGUGUUGAUAUUGAUUUGCCUGAUAAGGAAGGUCUCACUGCACUUCAUAAGGCAAUUAUAGGAAAAAAAGAAGCUGUGAUAAGCCAUCUUUUACGUAAAGGUGCAAGUCCUCAUGUUAAGGAUAAGGAUGGAGCUACUCCACUUCAUUACGCAGUUCAAGUUGGUGCCAAGAUAACUGUGAAAUUAUUGAUCAAGUAUAAGGCUGACAUCAAUGUUGCAGAUAAUGAAGGUUGGACCCCAUUGCACAUUGCCAUUCAAAGCAGAAAUAGGGAUAUAGCAAAAAUUUUGUUAGUCAAUGGUGCUGAUAAGACAAGAAUAAAUAAGGACGGAAAAACAGCUCUGGAUCUAGCCUUAUGUUAUGGGAAAGACUUCAAGUCUUAUGACCUUGCUAAGUUACUGAAGACGGUUCCAGCUACCUGUGAUCUAUGAUGUGCAAAAUGCAAUCGGCCAGAACCAGAUUGAAGUUUCAGUUUAUUGAUAUCUGCUGCUAAUUAGCAAUUAAAUCCUCCUGGCAUCAGCCAUCUUUGGAGAUCUUAGGCUGAUCUUUUACAAAAUGAUGAAAGUUUUGUAGGAACAAUUCAUCAUCUUCUACAUCAAUGAUUCCUUUGAUUAUUUCUGCAGCAUAGGUCUAAUUGACAACUUAGUCCUGUUAAAGCCACACACUUUGUGCAGAUUAUAAGUUUGAGAGUAUUGGUGAAGUGCUGACACAAAGUGCCUGGCAAAUUGCUGAGUUAUCCUAGAUGAACUGUUCAUGCUACUGUGAUCUUUCCAGAUGGAGAAUUGUUUCAAUAACGAAUUACCUAUGAGUGCUCAAAAUUUUAAAAAUUAAUUGUAACAAGUAGAUGUAGUUCAUAAAUUUUUGUUAUUGUAAGUGUUACAGUCGAAAGUUGUUUGUAAAAUUUGAAUGAUAGAUAUUGAUAUUUGAUUAUUGAUUUAUUUCGUUUGGAGUAAGUUUCUUUUUAU